AUGAGUUCUGGCAGUUGGCUUGAUAUGUUUGGAUGGACACCAUCUACUCUGUGUCUUCUAAUUGUGACACUUGCCGUCGCAGUCCUCUAUUUGUAUAAGAACAUCGGCACGUACCACAGGAAUCGUUACGGCGUAAAGUAUCAUCAGAUUUCCGGGAAUAUUUUGAUGGAAGUUAAUUUCAGACACAAACUGGCCAACUGGCUGAGACAGUAUGGAGAAACCUUCGGCCUACAGUCUGGAUCCCAACUAGUUCUGGUCACUGCCAACCUUGACCUGUGGAGAUAUAUUCUAAUCAAAGAUUUCAGUAACUUUAUAGACAGAGAACCAAAGAUUAUGUCCAGCACGCCUUUCUUCAAUUCUUUGUUUUUCUCAAGUGGGCGCGAAUGGCGAAAGCAAAGACAAAUACUGUCGCCAACCUUUACCAGUGGCAAACUGAAAUAUAUUUCAAAGUCCGUUCAGAAAUCGGCUCAGGAUUUAACAGAUUAUUUAGAAACACAAGCAAAGAAUGGAUCCACUGUCCUAAAAAAAGACGUGUGUGGGAGAUACACUAGCGAAAUUAUUGCAAAAACGGCAUUUGGACUGGACGCUAAAUUCAUAGCAGAAGAAGAUGCGGAAUUCUACGAAUAUUCUAAGAAUAUUUUUGACUUUAAAGAUCGUGGUGGACUGUCAAAGUUAAUAGCGGAUUUUUUGCAACGCAUCCCAUUUGUUGAGAGAAUGUCAACUGAGGUUUUCAAGCUACAGUACUUUGAACCAAUAAAAUUAACAACGAACAAAUAUUUUGAUGUAAUUCUGCAAAACACUAUUCGUGGGAAAAGACUGCAACAAAGAAACUUCUGCUCAAGAAAAGACGCACCAAAAGUGAUACCGAAACUAGCAUAUGAAGAGAUGCUGGGUCACUCAAUGCUGGUGAUUUUUGCUGGAAUGGAAACUACAGCCACGACCCUACAAAUGUGCUUUUAUGAACUCGCUGCCAACUCAGAGGUUCAGGAUAAAGUAUUCCAAGAGAUUACACAGGUCGUAAAAAGUGACACGCCAACAUUGGAAGAGCUUAACAGCCUGAUCUACACCCAACAAGUCUUGGACGAAACGCUACGUCUCUACCCACCUGUACCAUCAGUUAAAAGAAUAGCACAAGAAACGCUAACCUACAGUGGCGUCACAAUACCAAAAGGCGCCACUGUUGUGUUACCUUACUUCUCUGCUUUGAAAGAUCCUCGAUUCUUCAAAGAUCCAGAUACAUUUAACCCCAAUCGGUUCUCUCCCAAAGAGAAAGAAAAACUGGACCCUUUGGCCUUCUGUGUCUUUGGCCACGGCCCAAGAAUUUGUUUGGGAAUGAGGCUGGCUUAUCUCGAGCUGAAACAAGCACUGGUACAUGUUAUAAGGAAACUAAGAGUUGUUCUUAACGAUGAAACGGAGCCAAAGAGAGGGUCAGAUGGUGUGCUGUUCAAAGAACACAAUCUUCUAGUACCGGAAAAACCAGUGGCACUUUUGUUUGAGCUGCGGGAAACCAGUCAAUAA